UUUGUUGCUCCUGUUACCAUGCAGGGUAAGGCCUUGGUAAGAGAGCUGUCUUCAGGCCAGUUUGACUGGGACACACCACUCCCAGCAGAUAAGGAGGCCCAAUGGAAGGCACGGACAGAUUCUUUAACCAAUCUCAGAGAAGUCCAGAUUCAUAGACCCUAUAUACCAGUCUCUAUGUCCUGCGCUUCCAAGAAAGAGGGGAUCAUUUUUUCUGAUGCUUCCACGGUGGCCAUAGCAGCGGUUGCCUAUCUCAGAGUUGUCACUAUGGAUGGUCAGUGCCAUGUUGGGUUUAUCAUGGCUAAAUCAAAGUUGGCACCAUACCCGGCUCACACAGUGCCGCGACUAGAGCUGUGUGCAGCAGUUCUAGCUGUUGCGCUAGCAGAACUGAUUACAGAAGAGUUGGAUCUGGAACUGACUGCAGUAAAAUUCUACACUGACAGUAAAAUUGUGUUAGGGUACCUUCGCAAUACGUCCAGACGAUUCUAUGUGUAUGUUGCAAACCGAGUGGCACAAAUCAGAAAUUCCACAAAACCAGAACAGUGGUAUCAUGUUGGUUCGGACCUGAACCCAGCAGACCUCGGUACUAGAUUCAUUCCAGCAACCAUCCUUCCUCACACUAAUUGGUUCUCUGGUCCAGAAUUCCUACGACUGCCUUUUCUUGAAGAAAUGGCUAAGGGUGAAUCGUUUGAGCUUGUGGAGCCAGAGAAGGAUCAGGAGAUCCGCCCACAAGUGGCAACAUUGGUCACUAAUGUGACAGAACAGUCUCUAGGAUCACACCGAUUUGAGCGUUUCUCAGAGUGGAGAACCCUUGUAAGAAGCAUAGCAAGGCUUGUCCAUGUUGCAAAAUCACUUUCUGGAAAGAGACAUACAGGGGAUUGCAAAGGUUGGCACUGGUGCCAAAAAAGUCUCCAGUCUGAGCUCACACAAGCAAAAACUAUUAUUAUACGGUGUGUGCAGCUAGAAUACUAUAAAGAUGAACUCAAAUGCUUGAGUAAGGGAGAAGAAAUCUCACAACAAAGCUCUCUGAAGAAACUAGCUCCCUUUGUAGUUGAAGAAGGACUGAUUCGAGUUGGAGGUCGCUUGCAGUCAGCAGAAUUGUCAGAACAGGAGAAACACCCGUUAAUAAUCCCAGCAAGACAACAUGUAGCCACAUUAUUGAUCAGAUACUACCACAAUCAGGUGGCACACCAAGGACGACAUCUGACCGCUGGAGCACUACGAUCGGCAGGUCUCUGGAUUGUAAAGGGAACAAAGCUAAUUAACAGUGUGAUUCGUCAGUGUGUUACUUGCAGGAAGUUGAGAGGAAGACUCGAAGAACAAAGAAUGUCAGACCUACCCAUGGAUAGAGUGACUAUAGAUCCACCAUUCACUCAUGUGGGCCUAGAUGUGUUUGGGCCAUGGAGCAUAACGUCACGCCGUACAAGAGGGGGAAGUGCUGACAGCAAAAGAUGGGAUGUCAUCUUCUCCUGCUUAAGUACAAGGGCUGUCCAUCUGGAGGUCAUCGAGUCCAUGUCAACUUCCAGCUUCAUUAAUGCCCUCAGACGGUUCUUGGUGGGUCGCGGACCAGUUAAACACUUUAGAUCCGACAGAACAAAUUUCAUUGGCGCCUGUCGAGAACUGAACAUCAAUAUUUGGGAUGCAGAGCUCAAGGGGUACUUGCAGGAGCAAGGUUGUACAUGGUCAUUUAACGCUCCCCACUCUUCUCAUAUGGGAGGAGCAUGGGAAAGGAUGAUCAACACUGCACAACGGAUUCUUGAGGCACUGUUGCUAAAAACCAGCCUUUCUCGUCUUACCCAUGAAGUCUUGACUACUCUCAUGUCUGAAGUCAUGGCAAUAAUGAAUGCUAGACCUUUACUUCCUAUUUCAUCUGAUCCCGACACAUUGGAAGGUCUGUCUCCUUCAAUGCUUCUCACACAAAAGGCUAGUGCUGUACCGGCACCUCUUGGAGACUUUGACAUGAAGGACCUCUACAAGAAAGAAUGGAGACAGGUUCAAUGUCUGGCUGAUGCUUUCUGGAAGGCAUGGAGGAGAGACUAUCUUGCUACAUUGCAAGUACGGAGAAAGUGGACGGAGGAAAAACGAAACCUUCAAGAAGGAGAUGUUGUCUUGCUUAAGGACUCUAAUGUGAAACGCAAUGAGUGGCCUGUUGGGCUUAUAGUGAAAACCAUACCCAGCAGUGAUAAUAGAGUGAGGAAGGUAGAAGUAAAGAUAAUUAAAGAAGGAUCUGAGAAGGUGUAUCUGAGACCCAUCUCAGAGGUGGUUCUCCUGCCUGGGAAGUCAUAGAAGGUUCAAUAGUGGUAUAAAAGUUAUUAUUAGUUAUUGUUUAAAACAAUACCCACGCAAUGUACUUUGAGUGGUUGAUUUCUUCGUUUGAGCCUUGGAUAUAUAUGUCCGUAAGUGCCAUAUUUGUGUUAAAACAUACUAAUGUCCAUAAGGAGUUGUUUAAUUGUUGAAAUAAUUGAUUGAUACUGCAUUUAUUGUGGGAGAACGAAUUGCUUUAAUAAUUAAUGCUACAUGCUAACGGUUCUAGGGAACGUUAGGUUUUUCUUUGUUUAACACAAAAUGCAUGUAUUUAUAGUAUAUACAAAGCUAAAAUAAUGUUGUGAAGAAACUAGGUACAUUAUAUUGUUUAACUGUAUCAUAGAUAUAAAUAUAAUGCUUACACACAAUUUUCUUCUUUGUUUGUAGUUUUACAGCUAAAAUAACCAGUAAAGUCACCAAGGUCACAAGACUGCUUUCUGGAGUUUUCUUUGUUCGCUAUCUGAUAACCCUUUGCUUAAGUAACGCAUUGGUGAGAACAGAAUAACACGAAACAUAUUUUUCUGCAUAAAAGUGCAAGUGACUAGUUAAAGUUGGUAAUCAAAAACAUUGAUCAGUGCAGACGUGUGUUGAAAUUAGAUGUUCCUCUUCUGUUUUCUUUAAAAAGAGCUAAUGUGCCAAUGACUGCAUUUCUUCAGACCAGCAUCUGUGCUAAACUUGCAAAAAUUUUUUCUCUUUACAGACAUCUUUGGCUCUGGUUUUGGUAUUCUGUGCCUUUGUCUCUUUAAGCGAGUCUGCCUGUUUCCUUAAAGGUCUAAAUCUGGGGGCAGACCAUUGUGUUGAUGGCUAUGAUAACUCCAAGCAUCC